AUGAUGCAAGAAAAGAUAAUAAUUUGUGAACAACAAUCUAUAAAACAAAUAAGAACUAUGGGUGGAACACAUACGAAAGUUCAAAAAUUAACACCAAAAAAGGAUGAUAAAUGCUUAUUUAAUUCAUAUAAGGCUCAAAACAAACGAGUAACCAACGGUAAAUAUUAUCAUCACAAUAAGCAUUGUAAUGAUGAAUUUAAAUCAAAUUUAAGGGAUGAAAUUGUCAAUGAAACAAUUAAACUUAAAACGGAUAAUAAUCAAAGAAGUUCUCCUUAUUCGUUUAAAUUUUCAUCGAAAUCUCCAUCUAGUAAAAAAGGAAAUGAUUUUCAAAGUUCAAGAAGAAAAUUAUUGUCACCACAAUUGAAUAUUGAUGUUAAUACAAAAGCUAAUCAUUUGAACAGUUUAAAUAAUGAUCAUAUCUUAUGUCAGAUGACGUCGGUUGACCAAAAAAUGUCUAUUACAAACAAGAAUUCGAAAAAAAAUGAUACUUCUUUACAACAAAUGAAAAUAAAUGAAUUCACAAUCAAUUCAUCUGUUUCAAACAAACAAAAAUCAAGUUAUGUAAGCCAUAUGAAUAGAAAUCAAAGUGAUUUAUGCAGUGGUGAUGAAAAUCUAUCUAGGCAAAUAGAUAAUUUGCCCAAAAUUGCCACUUUGAACGAUACUAUUCCUUUAGUAACCAAGUUGAACACAGAUGAAAGAAAUAAAAUAUCAUUUGAGUUUGUACAUAAGCAGUCAAGUGGAGAUACUUGUACAAAUAAAAAAAUGUAUACUAAUCCGAAUAGACCAUCUUUACAGUCCUGUAUUAAUGCACAUUUAUCAAAUAAACCUCCUACACCUCCUCAAAAGGUUCAUAUCUCAAGAGUUAUGAUCCCGGUUUCUCAAAGGUUAAACAAAAGUAUUCGAUCAAGCUAUAAUGGAAAAUCUCCGGAAGUCAGUACUCAUCAGCCAAGACGCAGUAGAUCUCCAAAGAUUCACUGUGGAACGAAUUCAUCGGAGCAUAGAUCUAGUUAUAUGCCUAGACCACUAUCAGCAGAUCCUCGGUCUCACAGUUCUGUAGAAGCUUCAUCACCACCUGUUCGGUUACUUAAGCCCAUUACUCAACAACCGGAGAAUGAGUCAGGACAAGAAAAGUCACACUGUCUAGCACGUAUUGAAUACACAUUCUACAUAAAUGAUACAGAAUCCUACCAAAGACCAUUUUAUGACCGUAGGGUUGAAGCGAUAGCUCGUGCUAGCCAGUGCAGCAUUUUUCUGCAUAAACCUCUACCGGGUAAUAAACCGAUACUUUACAAAGGAAUGCGUGUUCUACCCGUAACCAUAUUUGCCCGAACAAUGCUUUCCUUAAAACGGUGUCUAGCUCGUUUAGAUAUGCAAUAUCCUUAUUUCAAUGUUAAAGCAUUCUGUCCACCUGAUAUGUAUUAA